CUGAAAGGACUCAUUGUAAAAGAGGGAUGAGAGUGUGCGCGCAGGCUGCGAGUGUGUCCAAGUGUGUGUGAGCGUGUGGACACCCCCCUCCUCCUUAACUAGCUGGUCAGCAGUGGAGGGAUUAGGAAAGCCAGACCCGCUCACUCACUCAUUCACUCACUCACUCAGUCACAGAUAGGGUUGCAGUAAUCGUGAAUCAUGCUCGUCGUCAUUACUACCGGCUGGGAGUGGAGCCGAAAUUGUGCAAGAUACGGAUAACUGCAUAGAAAAGGUCCGAGUGAGUAAGAGGAGUCACGUUUCCAGGUUUCUUCCCUUUGCCGUGAAAAUGUUUCAUCAGGGACUCCUCUGCCGCCGCCGCUGCUGCUGGCGCUCGGACCCGUCGCAUUAUGUUACUUCCCUCACAUGUGCUUUAUGUUGAAGAAGAAGAAGAAGAAGAAGAAGUGAUCUGGAUAAACCUGCGAGGAUCCUGCCAGGGCGACUGAGCAAAGCGAAGAGCGUGUGGAUAUUUCCCCUUUUUAUCGCCGUGCAGAGUUUUUUUUUUUUUUUUCUCAAGUGGACUAAGAGGGGGGAAAAGUUGGGGUUUCUGGUCAAAAAGAGGAAUCAUGGGGAACGCAGGGAGCAUGGACCACCACACUGAUCUCAGGGGACACAACAUGCCCCUGAAACUCCCCAUGCCAGACGCAGGUGAACUGGAGGAGAGAUUUGCAAUCGUGUUGAACUCAAUGAAUCUUCCUCCAGACAAAGCGCGGCUCUUGCGGCAGUAUGACAAUGAAAAGAAGUGGGAAUUGAUCUGCGAUCAGGAGCGAUUCCAAGUGAAAAACCCGCCUCACACGUACCUCCAAAAGCUGAGGAGUUAUCUAGAUCCAGCGGUCACAAGAAAGAAAUUCAGACGACGAGUACAGGAGUCCACCCAAGUCCUGAGAGAACUGGAAAUUUCGUUACGGACCAAUCAUAUAGGGUGGGUACGAGAAUUCCUAAAUGAAGAGAACAAAGGCCUGGAUGUGCUGGUGGACUAUCUUUCUUUCGCACAGUAUGCUGUCACUUUCGAUGGCGAGUGCCUGGAGAACAACCCAGAGGCUGCGAUGGAUAAGUCUAAGCCCUGGAGCCGCUCUAUAGAAGACCUCCAUGGAGGAAGCACCCUACCAUCUCCCAUCACUGGGAACGGUAUCACCCGAGUCGGGCGACAUUCCACGUUACGUUUCAACACAUUGCCCAGCCGGAGAACGCUGAAAAACUCCAGACUGGUCUGCAAAAAAGAUGAUGUCCACGUCUGCAUCAUGUGCCUGCGUGCUAUCAUGAACUACCAGUAUGGCUUCAACAUGGUCAUGUCACACCCUCAUGCUGUGAAUGAAAUUGCACUAAGCCUCAACAACAAAAACCCGAGAACCAAAGCUCUGGUCUUGGAGCUCCUGGCGGCGGUUUGCCUCGUGAGAGGAGGCCACGAAAUUAUUCUCUCUGCGUUCGACAACUUUAAGGAGGUGUGUAUGGAGGAGCAGCGAUUCGAGAAGCUAAUGGAGUACUUCAAGAAUGAGGACAACAACAUUGACUUCAUGGUGGCGUGCAUGCAGUUCAUCAACAUCGUCGUGCACUCAGUGGAGGACAUGAACUUCAGGGUUCAUCUACAGUAUGACUUCACCAAGCUGUGUUUGGACGACUACUUAGAUAAACUAAAGCACACAGAGAGUGAUAAGCUGCAGGUCCAGAUCCAGGCUUACUUGGAUAAUGUGUUUGACGUGGGAGCGCUGCUGGAGGACGCGGAGACCAAAAAUGCUGCCCUGGAGCGGGUGGAGGAGCUGGAGGAGAACAUAUCACAUAUGACAGAGAAGCUGCAGGACAUGGAGAAUGAAGCCAUGGCCAAAAUUGUAGAGCUGGAGAAGCAGCUGAUGCAAAGGAACAAGGAGCUGGAAUCCAUCAGGGAAGUCUAUAAAGAUGCCAGCUCGCAGGUGCACUCGCUGCGACUGAUGUUGAAGGAGAAGGACGAGGCCAUCCAGCGACAAAGUAAACUCGAGAAGAAGAUCCACGAGCUGGAGAAGCAGGGCACCAUCAAGAUCCACAAGAAAGGAGACGGAGACAUCUCAAUCCUAACGUCGCCUCCCUCUGCUACGGAGGGCUCGCCGGGCGCCGUGAUCGGCGGAAACGGUGUAGCCAUCAGUCCAAACCAUGUUGCACUUACGGCGGGCACGACUGUUCCACCUCCACCGCCUCCUCCGCCCCCGCCGCUUCCAAUGAACGGCACACUGUCAAACGGACCAACGUCAACAAUUCCAGCAGCAGCAGCAGCUCCCCCGCCUCCGCCACCACCCCCUCCGCCUCCCCCGCCACCCCCAGGAAUGCUGACAGAGACAUCAGCCCCUCUCCCUCCUCCACCUCCUCCAGUGGCCCCCCCACUGCCCGGCUGUGGGACGCCCACCGUUAUCAUGAACUCUGGGUUAGCAGCUGUUAAGAUCAAGAAACCCAUAAAGACCAAGUUCCGUAUGCCCGUCUUCAACUGGGUGGCCCUGAAACCAAACCAGAUCAAUGGGACUGUUUUCAAUGAGAUUGAUGAUGAGAAGAUACUGGAGGACCUGAAUGUUGAUGAGUUCGAGGAGAUGUUUAAGACGAAAGCCCAGGGCCCGCCCAUCGACCUCACUGCAAGCAAGCAGAAGGUCAUCCAGAAGGGGCCCAACAAGGUGGCUUUGCUGGACUCCAACAGGGCAAAGAACCUGGCCAUCACGCUGAGGAAAGUGGGCAAGACACCCGAGGAGAUCUGCAAAGCCAUUCAAUUGUUUGAUUUACGGACUCUGCCGGUGGACUUUGUGGAGUGUCUAAUGCGCUUCCAGCCCACGGAGAACGAGAUUAAAGUCCUGCGACAGUUCGAGAAGGAGCGCAAGCCUCUCGAAAGCUUGACGGAUGAGGACCGCUUCAUGAUGCAGUUCAGUAAGAUCGAGAGGCUCAUGCAGAAGAUGACCAUCAUGGCCUUCAUCGGCAACUUCGCCGAAAGCGUGCAGAUGCUUACACCGCAACUGCAUGCAGUCAUUGCAGCAUCAGUGUCCAUCAAGUCAUCACAGAAGCUGAAGAAGAUUUUAGAGAUUAUCUUAGCACUUGGAAACUACAUGAACAGCAGCAAAAGAGGAGCGGUGUAUGGAUUCAAGCUGCAGAGUUUAGACUUGCUACUUGAUACCAAGUCUACAGACCGGAAACAAACAUUAUUACACUACAUAGCCAAUGUGGUUAAAGAGAAAUACACACAAGUUUCCCUUUUCUACAAUGAGAUGCACUAUGUGGAGAAAGCUGCAGCAGUGUCGCUGGAGAACGUCCUGCUGGAUGUUAAGGAGCUGCAGAGAGGGAUGGAGCUGACCAAAAGAGAAUACAGCAUGCACGGCCACAACACCAUGCUCAAAGAGUUCAUUGCACACAAUGAGAGCAAGCUAAAGAAGCUGCAGGAUGAUGCCAAGAUCGCACAGGAUGCUUUUGAUGAGGUGGUGAAAUUCUUCGGAGAGAACGCCAAAACCACACCGCCAUCAGUCUUCUUCCCUGUGUUUGUGCGAUUUGUUAAGGCCUACAGGCAAGCGGAGGAGGACAAUGAGCAAAGGAAAAGACAGGAGCAGAUUAUGCUGGAAAAACUUCUGGAGCAAGAAGCCAUGAUGGAGGAAGACCAGAAGUCUCCAUCCCAUAAGAGCAAGCGGCAGCAACAAGAGUUGAUCCAGGAGCUCAGAAGGAAACAGGUGAAAGACAGUCGCCACGUCUACGAAGGCAAAGACGGAGCGAUUGAGGACAUCAUUACGGCCCUAAAGAAGAAUAAUAUUACUAAAUUUCCCAAUGUCUACUCGAGGGUAAGGAACUCCUCCAGUAGCACCCCUGUAGUGGAUGUGCCCCAAACCUGAUUUGAGGAAUCAGCCUUACAGGAGGGCGGACGCCGUACGGAGGAGUGUCAGGAGACGCUUUGAUGAUCAGAACCUGCGGCCGGUCAACAAUGGCGACGUAGUCAUGUGACGAGGGAAUACUGCAUGUGCUAGGGCUGGGGAUGGGGGGAAGGGAGAAAGGUAUUGGGGGGCUAGAGAGAGAGAGGGAGAGAAAGAGAGUAAGGAGUGACAAAAAGAUUGAAGCAGAGUGAAGGAUGACGCGUGAAAGUCAGGUGUUUGUAGCAACAUGUGAGAUGAUUAUGUAUAUAUAUUACAUAAGAAUACUCAAUAUUCCACAUCUGUGCUAUAGUAUUAGCAGCGUUUCACUAUGAAGGACUGGGACACAUAUGGGACUGAAUUUAAAGUGUCUGAAAGGUUGAUUUAAAAACCUUUGACGAGCCAAGUGCCUGAAUUUUGUUGUUGUUUUUUUUUUUUGCGGUUUCACGUCACGUUGCCGUGUUUGUCUAAUGACUGUUUGUUCUUAAUAAUCCCACUCUGAGCAAUACAACGUGACCUGGCUUUAAUUUUUCAGAUGUGUAAAACUGGACAUGCGGUGGCCUUAAGAGCCACGUGAAAUGGUGUUACAUGGGGAAAGAUGAUGUAGAAUGUACAGGACGGGUUCUCUUUUUAGCUGUUACAAAUAUUAUUGUUACGGCCCUUUAGUCCGCUCCUCUAACAACACGAACAUGCUCAACCUGCACUUUUUAAAAAUAUUUCUUUUUUCUUCUUACAUCUCAUGAGGGUUUCUCAAAUUAAAGGGCUGUUAAUGUGGUAUGAACUCUAUAUUUGUACUAAAGCAACUAUAAAAGUAAAUAAAGAAAAAGACCAGUUUAAUGUGAAUUCUGUUUAUAGCAGGUAUCUCCAUACUGAUUCUUCUGUCACGUCUUAUUACGAGUGAUCAGUAAGGGCUGAAUUUGUAGCUUCUAAUCCAUUAAAAAAAACAACUUAUUUUCAAGUUGUGCAUAUCUGUAGCUGCACAGCUGGUUUUGUGGAAGGAAUUACGCAGAGCAAGAAAAUCGAAUACAUUUUCUAUCGAGGGUAGAAACUGCACGCGAGAUGCGAAACUUUACUGGAAGAUCUCAUUGUCAGAACUGGACAUAACUAAGCGUCGUGCUUCUGUGAGCGUUUUAUAGGCUAACAACAUUCCAGGUCACCGAGUCUACUCGCUUUACUGUAAUUUUAAUGUAUAGUAUUUAACCACUUAAAUGAUUCAUUUAAGCUCAUGUCGUCAUCUAAUGUGUUUUAAAACAGGGCAAAAAAAAAGUAUACAACAUAAAAAGUUUCCUAAAUGUACAGAUAUUUUGCUACAAACUGUUUUUUCCUUCUUUUUUUUUUUUUUUUACCUAAUUCACAUCACCAGAUGGUUAAUAUUGUACAUAUUGUUUAAACAUAAGUUUUCCUUGCCUUGUGCUAUACAACUUGAAUGUUACUUUAACUUAGUUUUUUCCCAUUUUUGUAUAUUUAAUUAAGCCAAAUGCAGCCAGAUAUCUACAGUAGUGUGUUUGAUCAUCUUUUACUGUUAUGCAGAAGGCAGUGGGGUCACGCACUUUGCUUGUUAGGGUGUCAGAGGUGCAUAAAAAAAAGUCUGGAAAAGGUUCUGAUGUGCAGAUGUUUAUACACGCCAACUUAAUGGCUACACUAACAAUCAAAAGUAGUUCUGUUCAUUGUCUCCACUGAAGCAUGUGACGCCAUCGGCUCCUUUUCUUUGAACUUCACUGUCUGUGGCAGCGUAACUUCUCAAACUGGAUAUUACCGGCAUGCUUUUAUCUUGGAACUUUCACCAGAAAUGUAUUUUAGGCAGUUUGUGCUUAUAACAAAAUAACAAUUUUUAAAUUAGGUGAUGAGAUUUUCAAUAUGUUCAAAUAAACUAUUUACAUUAAAUAUAAAGUUCUUUA